AUGGUUGCUGAGAAAGGAGAUACCAGAGAAGAAGUAGUUAAGGUUUUGUCUACGGUGGAAACCUCCAACGCCGCCAGAGAGAGAUGUUCGGGUUCGUGUUCUUCGUCAUCGGCGGGUGUGGUUUGUGGUGAUUAUUCAAAAUGCGAAAUGGAUCGGAUGGUGAAGAUGGAGCUCGAUGCGGCUCGAGCUCUGGCGGAUUUUGCGCAGUUAGCGUUGCUGGAGAGCGAAAACCCUAACUAUGACUCCUGCGGGAAAUGGGGGAACAAAGGAAAGAGGUCGUGGAAGAGAUCUAAAAACAGUUUUCCAGGGAGGGACUGGAGGAGGGACUUGGAGAGCUCAGAAAGUCAGAGCAACAAGCUGAGAUCCUCGGAUCCUUCCAAGGAGGGUUCAAUGAUAGAUCGGAGCCAGCGUAGGAGGGCAUGUAAAGUUGUAGUAACCAAAACAGUAAAGGUUGAACAGGAAUCUGAAUCUGCUAGUCAACAUCCUAUGUGCCCCACAAGUUAUGUGUCAUUUGGUGGUGGCAGGUCAAAGCAAAAUUUGAGUGAGGCUGAGAAGGAAGCACGGAGACUACGUAGGAUUUUAGCAAAUAGAGAAUCGGCUAGGCAGACAAUUCGCCGCAGGCAGGCCUUCUACGAGGAGUUGACCAAAAAAGCAUCAGACCUAGCAUGGGAUAAUGAGAAUAUGAAACAGGAAAAGGAGUUGGUCAUGAAAGAAUAUCAGUCACUGAAGGACAAAAAUGAACAAUUGAAAGCACAGAUGGUCAAGACAAUAAAGGCAGAGGCUAAGAUAACUCCUGAAGAAAAAUCUUCUCUUCAAGGCUAUGUAUCGAUAAGUGAUUGA